AUGGCCGCCUCGCCGGAGGAUUUCGUGGCUGACCCUGCCGAGCCCAUCUCCCCCUCCAUCUUCCUCGACCUGCCCCCGACGCCCUGCCCGGACGGCAAUGGCGAGGGCAAGGACCCGGCCUCCGACGACCUCGGCCUCCCCUUCAUCGAGCGCAUGCUCAUGGAGGAGGGGGUCGACGAAGAGUUCUUCUACCAGUACCCGGACCACCCCGCGCUCCUCCAAGCCCAAGAAUCGUACGCGCGGGUCCUCUCCGACGCCACCGCGGAUUCCUCUUCGGACGGCAGCCCCACCGUGUCGGUGUCCUCCGGCUCCGACGCGGGAGUGGGGGCCGACGACCUCACCACGGAUGCCAGCACCGCGUCCGAGCAGAGCCCGGCGCAAGCGCAACUGGGGGAUGCUGGCGUCCGGAGUGACGCUGCCGCCGCGGAGGAGAUGGAGAAAAAGGCCAACCGUACCAUGCUUGCAGCCGUCGAUGGUGACCACGCCGCGCUGGCCUCGGCGUUCUUCAGCGCCCAGCAGGACGGGGGAAGCAACGCCAUGCUCAACUUGGCAUUCCUCAAGGGCAUGGAAGAGGCCAACAAGUUCCUGCCUAGAGACAUCGAUCUGCUGCGUGGCUCUGCCACCAUCCUUCAAGUGAAGGAAGAGGCAGAGGAGGAGGGAAAUGCCAAUUUGGGCAGGGGCCGCAAGAACCGGCACAACUGGGAUGAUGUCCUGGAGGCCAAUUUGGGCAGGGAGAACAAGAUGAUUGUGGAGAGCCUCCGCAUCAGUAUGGGCAGCGAGGCCGAGAAGAAGAAGAGCAAGAAAGGGAUUGCGCGGAGCACUAAUGGAACGGUGGACUUGUGCACCUUGCUCAUACAUUGUGCACAGGCUGUGGCAACAUACGACCGCCGGAGCGCGGCCGAAUUUCUUAGGAAGAUCAAGCAGCAUUCUUCUCCACGGGGAGAUGCCACACAAAGGCUGGCACAUUAUUUCGCAGAGGGAUUGGAGGCGCGGCUGGCUGGUUCAGGGAGCCAGGUCUACAAUUCACUCAUGGCAAAGCGCACCUCGGUCGUGGACUUCCUCAAAGCCUACCGGCUGUACGCGGCAGCCUGCUGCUUCCGAGUGAUGGCGUUCAAGUUUGCCAACUUGACCAUCUGCAAGGCUAUUGCAGGGAGGAAGAAGGUGCACAUUGUGGAUUACGGCAUACAUUACGGGUCCCAGUGGCCUGGUUUGCUCAAGUUUUUAUCUAUAUGGCCGGGUGGGCCACCGGAAGUGAGGAUUACUGGCGUUGAUCUUCCCCAGCCUGGGUUCCGUCCAGCGUCUCGGGUCAAGGAGACAGGGCGGCGGCUUAGCAAUUAUGCCUCUCAGUUUGGCGUGCCGUUCAAGUACCAUGGCAUUGCGGCUAAGUGGGAGACGGUUGGCGUUGAUGAUUUGGACAUCGACCCUGACGAGGUACUCAUUGUCAAUAGAAUCCUCCAUUUUGGAAACUUGAUGGACGAAGGUGUCAACACGAGUAGCCCAAGCCCGAGGGAUGUUGUUCUCAGCAACAUCCGGAAGAUGCGACCGGAUGUGUUCAUCCUUUUCAUCAUGAAUGGCACAUAUAGCUCACCGUAUUUUGUACCGCGGUUCCGGGAGGCGCUGUUCCACUACUCUGCAAUGUUUGACAUGAUGGAUGCCACGACCCCACGGGAUAGUGAUCUGCGCAUUCUGGUUGAGCGUGAUCCCUUUGGCUGGUGUGCCCAGAAUGUCAUCGCUUGUGAAGGCUUGGACAGGGUCGAGCGCCCUGAGACAUAUAAGAAGUGGCGGUUGCGGAGCCACCGGGCAGGGCUGAGAGAGCUGCCAUUGGAUCUGGAUAUUGUCAAGGCCGUGUGCGGGAGAGCAUCAGGGACAAGUUUCACGAGGACUUUGUCACUGACGUGGAUCUUCAGUGGCUCCUGGGAGGGUGGAAGGGACGCAUACUCUAUGCAAUGUCGACAUGGGCUGCUGCUGAUGCUAUCUUAG